CACGCUGCCCACGUCACCUCCCAGCUCCUCAUCUCUCCUGCGCAUAUCCGCCGCAAUUUGAACCGUGUGAAGUCAGCAUGAAAAACCACACAUCGACAACCUAAACAAGUAAUGUCAAUAUUCUUGUAUUUUAGCUACAAGCUGUAGUACAGCACUUGUUGCGGCGAUAAGGAGAUCGCUAGCAAGCAAGCAAGCCACGUUUCUCCCCCUUAGCAUCCGAAUAUCGUUUUUGCAACGUCAACACCCUCCUGCUUAGACUAAGGACUUACAAUGACACUGAAGGUCAAGCUGAGCUCAGUUUGCCUGGGUGUAGAAGGGAUGACCUGUGCUUCCUGUGUUCAGUCUAUUGAGCAGCGCAUUGGGGGUUUUCCUGGAGUCGUACACAUCAAGGUGUCUCUGGCGCUGAAGAAUGCCAGCAUCAUUUUCGACCACAGUCAUCACACCCCAGAGUCCCUGGCUGAGGCCGUGGAGGACAUGGGGUUUGACUCCAUCCUCUCAGACACUACCACAGCCUCCGUGGUCCUCACGGAGACCCAGCUGCUCCCCAUCCCAGCCCUUCUCACCCCCGAAGCACAGCAGGAGGCUCUGACCAGGCUAGCUCAGCUCCAGGGGGUCCUGGAGGUCCAGGAGAACAAGGACCAGAGGGGGGUGUCCGUUACCUUCAUCCCUUCCCUGAUCAGUGUAGUGCAGCUUGGGGAGGUGGUUAGUAGCUUGACCCCCCUCCUGGAGGUCCCUACAUCCAAUAGCCCUACAGAGGAAACACUUGUCCCAGCUCCUGCCACAGUGUCAGCCCCGGCCACAUCCUCACAGCCUCAACUGGUGAAGAUGCGGAUCGAAGGCAUGGUCUGUCUGUCCUGCACCACCACCAUCGAAGGGAAGAUCGGCAAGCUCAAAGGAGUUGAGAAAAUCAAAGUGGUUCUAGACUCCCAGGAGGCCACGGUUCUCUACCUGCCAUACCUCAUCACUAUCGACGACAUCAUCGCCCAGAUCGCCAAGGCCGGCUUCAAAGCCACACCCAAGUCCAAGCCCCGCCCCCUGCAGCUGUCCGUCAGUGAGAUGGAGCGGUUGCUAAGCGCUGCCCUAUCACCCCCACCGCCAGUGGAAUCUUCCACCGAGGAUUCUGAGGUGUCUACAGACUCGGCCCAGACUACCCUCAGGGUGACGGGCAUGCACUGCCGCUCCUGUGUGGUAAACAUCCAGGAUAACAUCUCCAAGCUGGCUGGGGUGACCUCCAUAGAGGUAUUGUUGGAGAGCGAGAGCGCCUCCAUCCACUACGACCCAGAGAGGGUGACUGUGUCUGGGCUACAGCAAGCCAUCGAGGCCCUGCCACCGGGGACGUUUAAAACCCAACCCUGGAGCGCUACCUCUGGAGGUGUAAGCCCUACAUCCACCACACCACCACCGUCGUCCCAGGCCGGCCUCUCCUCCACCCAGCCCUGCUACAGCCAGCCUCUGACGGCCACGGCCCUAAUCCAUAUAGAGGGGAUGACCUGUGGGUCCUGUGUUCAGUCCAUCGAGGGGAUGCUGUCUCAGAGGAAGGGGGUGCAGUCAGCCAGGGUGUCGCUGGCCAAUCACAGAGGGGCGUUUGAGUUCGACCCUCUCCUCACCCAACCAGAGGAGCUCAGAGAGGCCAUAGAGGACAUGGGAUUUGAUGCCUUCCUGCCUGAAACCAACUCCCUGUUGACCGUCCCAGUUAUCAGUCCCCCCUCGCCCCCUUCCCCCGCCCCUGUCAAGGAGAAGGAGCUGGACAGCGACCCAGAGAGGGGUGCUGCACAGUGUGUUAAGGGGGCCCCAAACACCCUCGCUAAAUGCUUCAUCCAGAUUGGUGGAAUGACCUGUGCAUCCUGUGUGGCCAACAUUGAGAGGAACCUGAAGAAUGAGCACGGUAUCUACUCUGUGCUGGUGGCCCUGAUGGCUAGUAAGGCUGAGGUCCGUUAUAACCCUGAGGUGAUGGACCCUCUGAAGAUAGCAGAGUAUGUCAGAGAGUUGGGCUUCACUGCUUCUGUCAUGGAGAACUAUGAGGGUUCUGAUGGAAGCCUGGAACUGGUGGUCAGGGGAAUGACGUGUGCCUCCUGCGUUCACAAAAUAGAGUCCAGCCUGAUGAAAGAGAACGGUAUCGUCUACGCCUCCGUUGCCCUGGCAACCAACAAAGCCCACAUCAAGUACGACCCGGAGGUGACGGGACCGAGAGACGUCAUCAAACUCAUAGAGAACAUGGGCUUCGAGGCAUCUCUGGUGAAGAAGGAUCGUACAGGCAGUCACCUGGACCACAGCAGAGAGAUCACACAAUGGAGGAAGUCGUUCCUGGUCAGCCUGUUCUUCUGCGUCCCAGUCAUGGGGAUGAUGACCUACAUGAUCAUAGUAGAUCACCAGAUCAGCACGUCUCACCAGCACAACGCCACCACACAGGACCGGGAACACUACCACUCCACCAUGUUCCUGGAAAGACAGCUGCUCCCAGGCCUCUCCAUCAUGAACCUGAUCUCAUUCCUCUUCUGUGUCCCUAUACAGUUUAUUGGCGGRCGCUACUUCUACACCCAUGCCUACAAGGCCCUGAAACACAAAACAGCCAACAUGGACGUGCUCAUCGUGCUGGCCACCUCCAUAGCCUUCACCUACUCCGUGGUCAUCCUCAUGGUCGCCAUGAUAGAGAGGGCAAAGGUCAACCCCAUCACCUUCUUUGACACGCCCCCCAUGCUCUUUGUCUUCAUCUCCCUGGGGCGCUGGCUGGAGCAGAUCGCCAAGAGUAAGACAUCAGAAGCUCUGUCCAAGCUGAUGUCCCUCCAGGCCAGCGAGGCCACGGUGGUCACGCUCAACACGGACAUGUCUGUACUCAGUGAGGAGCAGGUAGAUGUAGAGCUGGUCCAGAGAGGAGACGUGGUCAGGGUGGUGCCUGGAGGGAAGUUCCCCGUUGAUGGGAGGGUCAUCGAGGGACACAGCAUGGCUGACGAGUCCCUCAUCACAGGCGAGGCCAUGCCAGUGACUAAGAAGCCAGGCAGCACAGUGAUAGCUGGCUCUAUCAACCAGAACGGUUCUCUGCUCGUCAGUGCUACACAUGUGGGCCUGGACACAACCCUGUCUCAGAUAGUGAAACUAGUGGAGGAGGCUCAGACAUCUAAGGCUCCCAUCCAGCAGUUUGCAGAUAAGAUCAGUGGUUACUUUGUCCCGUUCAUCGUUGCGGUCUCUCUCCUCACUCUGUUCGCCUGGAUCCUCAUUGGCUUUGUUGACUUUCCACUGGUGGAGAAAUACUUCCCUGGCUAUGAUAAGAGCAUCUCCAAGGCAGAAGCCGUGAUCAGGUUUGCCUUCCAGGCCUCCAUCACGGUGCUGUGUAUCGCCUGCCCCUGCUCUCUGGGCCUGGCAACCCCGACAGCUGUGAUGGUGGGCACGGGAGUGGGCGCUCAGAACGGUAUCCUCAUCAAGGGAGGGGAACCACUAGAGAUGGCACACAAGAUCCAGACAGUGGUGUUUGAUAAGACGGGUACCAUCACCUACGGAGCUCCUAAAGUCAUCCAGGUGAAGAUUGUAGUGGAGGGGAACAGGAUGCCUCGCUCCCGUCUGCUGGCCAUCGUAGGGACCGCAGAGAACAACAGUGAACACCCGCUGGGAGCUGCCAUCACCAAGUACUGUAAACAGGAGCUGGGUACGGAGUCCCUUGGUGCGUGUACUGACUUCCAGGCUGUGCCAGGCUGUGGAAUACGAUGCCAGGUCAGUAACACAGAGACCCUGCUGAGACAACAUCAGGAGGACAGUGACAGUGAAGACAACAACCAAAGAAACAGUGUUCUGGUCCAGAUCAGUGACUCCAGAACCCGGCCAGAAUCACACCCCCUCAUCAUGGACCCGCAGCCUCUCACCCUGGUGCAGACAGCGUCCUACGUGGUGUUGAUAGGGAACAGGGAGUGGAUGAGGAGGAACGGACUAGAGAUCAGACCUGAUGUUGACGAGACCAUGAAUGAACAUGAACGCAGAGGACGCACUGCUGUACUGGUGGCAGUCGACAGUCUUCUAUGUGCCAUGAUAGCCAUAGCAGACACAGUGAAGCCUGAGGCAGAGUUGGCGGUUCACACCCUGCAGGCCAUGGGGCUGGAGGUGAUUCUGAUGACUGGAGACAACAGCAAGACAGCACGGGCCAUCGCUGCUCAGGUGGGCAUCAGGAAGGUGUUUGCGGAGGUGCUGCCGUCCCACAAGGUGGCCAAGGUAGAGCAGCUGCAGCAGGCAGGGAAGAGGGUUGCCAUGGUGGGUGACGGGGUCAACGACUCGCCCGCUCUGGCCAUGGCAGACGUUGGCAUCGCCAUAGGAACUGGCACUGACGUGGCCAUAGAGGCAGCUGACGUGGUGCUGAUCAGGCCCAGCGCUGAGCUACUGGAGUCUCGUCUGGGCAGUCAGAAGAGAGACGCUGCAAGCCUAUCAGACGUCAGCGUACACAUCGGCAUGGGCGAGCUGCGCCGUUCCUCCCCCAAGCUGAGCCUAUUGGACCGCGUUGUAAACUUCAGCCGCGCCUCCAUCAACUCCCUCCAAUCAAAGCACUCCCUGAACAGCAUGGCCCUCAGCGAACCCGACAAACACUCAUUGCUGGUGGGGGAGGCCCUCUGCGAGGAGGAGUUUGUCUGAGGCUAGGUUAUGCUAAGCUACUCUAGUCUAUGCUAAUUUAAGCUUGGUUUAGCCAUUUUAUGCUUGACUAGGCUACGCUAAGCUAACGUAAGGUAGCGAAGGCUAAGUGGGUUACAUAAGUUAAUUGCCCCAUCCAUCUACACAGGUGCCCCCAGGGUGACAUCUUUUGACUUGAAGAAGCCUUUCUGUUGCCCCACACCGUCUGACCGACAGUGUGCACUCCAAUGGGUGCCUGGGAGGGCUUCAUGUUCACUCUACCGCUGCCUGUGUCUUUUGUCAAUGGCCACUUGUACCCUCAGGGGAAGGGGUCUUACACUGGGGUCUUAUAGGAGCUCGGACUCUUUGUCCAGGGUGUUAAGAGCUUCAGCUGAAAGACGAUGCAGGUGUCAUUAGGAAGACUGCACUGCAAUCUUUUUCUAUGUGCUUAUAAUAUGAAGGUUUGCAGAGACAAUCUUUUGACAUUUAUCCAAAGACACCCUAAAAUGGUGCCCCAUGUUAAAGUGUACUUAGUGUGACAAAAAAACAAAAAUCCUUCUGAGGCAGCAGAAGUGUAUUAAAUAUACUGUUGUAUAUUAUGAUUGUAUAAUUAAGCAAUGAGGCCCGAGGAGGUGUGGUAUAUGGCCAAUAUACCA